UGAAGGUGAAUGGGAUUUCUAUUGGUGUGACGUCAGCUGGCUGCGUGAGAACUUUGACCACACCUACAUGGAUGAACACGUGCGGAUCAGCCACUUCAGGAACCACUAUGAGCUCACCAGGAAAAACUACAUGGUCAAGAACCUAAAGCGAUUUCGGAAGCAGCUGGAGCGGGAGGCAGGAAAGACGGAGGCAGCCAAGUGUGACUUCUUCCCCAAAACCUUUGAGAUGCCCUGCGAGUACCAUCUGUUUGUGGAGGAGUUCCGCAAGAACCCCGGCAUCACCUGGAUCAUGAAACCUGUCGCCCGAUCUCAGGGGAAGGGCAUAUUUCUCUUCCGGAGACUGAAAGACAUCAUGGACUGGAGGAAGGGCACUGCGGGGAAGAAAGUCACCAGUGUGGAGACCCAGGCUACUCGAGCCAAUGUGAACCCUUCAGGCAGCCAUGACACAAGGAGCUCUGAUGACCAGAAAGACGAUAUCCCAGUGGAGAACUACGUGGCUCAGCGUUAUGUGGAAAACCCCUACCUGAUAGGAGGCCGCAAGUUUGACCUGCGUGUCUACGUGCUAGUGAUGUCGUACAUCCCUCUGCGGGCGUGGCUGUACCGUGAUGGCUUCGCCCGCUUCUCCAACACCAGAUUCACAUUGAAUAGCAUCGACGACCACUAUGUUCACCUCACCAAUGUUGCUGUGCAGAAGACAUCACCUGACUACCACCCAAAAAAGGGUUGCAAGUGGACUCUUCAGCGAUUCAGGCAGUACCUGGCCUCCAAGCAUGGUCCCAAGGCGGUGGAGACGCUCUUCAGUGACAUGGACAACAUCUUCAUCAAGAGCCUGCAGAGUGUGCAGAAGGUGAUCAUCAGUGAUAAGCACUGCUUUGAGCUGUACGGCUAUGACAUCCUCAUUGACCAGGACCUCAAGCCGUGGCUCCUAGAAGUCAAUGCAUCUCCUUCACUGACAGCCAGCAGCCAGGAAGACUAUGAACUGAAGACCUGUCUGCUGGAAGAUACCCUGCAUGUGGUGGACAUGGAGGCCAGGCUCACAGGAAAGGAAAAGAGAGUCGGGGGCUUCGACCUCAUGUGGAAUGAUGGCCCUGUCAGCAGAGAGGAGGGGCCUUGUGACCUAUCGGGGAUGGGAAACUUUGUAACCAACACUCACUUAGGCUGCAUCAACGAUCGGAAGGAGCAGUUGAGGCAGCUGUUCCGAUCCCUUCAAAUGCAGAAGAAAGCCUCUAGCUGACCCCCAGCCGGAAGAAAUGAGGCCCUGGCAGGUGCCGCCCUGGCCUCUGGCAGCGGGAUCCCAGCACAGUGCACCAGUCUUCACCUUCCUCCAGCAUGGCAGCUGUUUUACUGGAGAGGCAGCCUCAGCUUGCUAAUUGGACCAGACGGACCCUGGACACCCCUCCACCCCCUCCAGCCCUGUGCAUCUUUGAACCAGGAACAGCCAAUCUUUCGAACUGGAUGGGCUCAUCCUUGGCCCAAAGAAGCCAAGCAGCAAGUUCCACCAUUCAGAGAGCAUGUCUAAUAAAGAACAGGCUUAGAGCCACUUAGCGCUGGGCCAGGCUCGGGAUGCUGCUGCCAUUUUGAUGUUUCUUUAGUCAUGGGUCUUCUGGGCUAAGAAACUUGUCUUUAAACAAUACUUGCAAAGUAAACAAUUUCAGAUUGCUCA